CAAUUCAGUCUCGUUUCAGAUUUUGAACAUCACGUUGGUGUUAACGCGUGCGAACAGUUAAGCAAAUCUGCUGCUGUGAUAUAAUUAUUCGGUUUAAAGAAGAUAACGAUUAAAUUUGUAGAUAGUGGACUGAAUUAAUAUUUUAUAAAGCAAGCUAUUACAAAUGAUGGAAGAUAUCACCAAAAACAUCAUAUUUGCUACCAAUACAAUUGGUGCAAAUGGACAACCUACAGCUAUACAAUAUCAAACUGCAGAUGGUACUAUACUAAAGCAGCCUAAAAUUGAAGGUCAAAAAACAGACCAACCAACAUUUUAUUAUACGACAAAUGGUAAUGCUACCGUAAAUUUAGCACAACUGGCCACUGAUGAUACGAAAACUUGUUAUAUUGCUCAGCCAGUUGGUGGUUACAAUUAUGCUUUAGUUAAUGGGAUGCAAUUAAAUCAAGGUGGCACAAUUGGUAUUGCUACAUUGGAUGCGCAGGGUCGCUUACAGAUUGUUAAUCAGAACAAACCCAUUGCAACAGUAAGUACAAUUUCACCGCUAACUAAUACUAUUUCCAAUAUCAGUUUUAAAUGUGAUGUUUGUGGACUGAUGUUUUCACAUUUGGCUCUGUUAAAUCAUCAUAAAAGGAUUCAUACGGACAACAGCGCAGAACAACAUCAACAGCAAGAUGCUAUAACUGUAGUAAACGCACAAGGACUGGUUCAGACACAGAACAUAAUAACUGACAAUGGACAAAUGGGUCAGAUUCAAAUAGUCGCUACCGAAUCAUUAGAACCAGCCACAACGGUGCUACAGCAACAUCAUCAAAAUGCGACUAGCAACGAAAUGACAGUGACUACAAGUGGAAAUGCGAAGCAAAUAAAAUUAGAGCAAAGUAAAUGUACAACAUGUGGUACACAGAUUUUACAGCCGGUGAAACGCAAAGGAGCUGUAAAACAUACACGUUGUGACAUGUGUUUGCAAAAUGAGCAGGCGGCACAACAAGCCGUAGCCGCUGCGCAAGUAGCUAAUACACAAAUAUUUGUUGCGCCUGAUGGUGAAAUUAAAUUCGAACUAAAUGAGUUGCCCAGUGGCACGUCAGAAUCUUCGAUGGAUUCCAUAACUGGUCAAACUAUAAUACCAAACCAAAUACAACCUGUACAAAUUAUAACUGCAACAACGCAAUCCCCUCAAGUACAUGUGCAACAAAUUGUACAACAGCAAGCGUCGCCUAGUAUUAAAAGAGAAAAUUCAACACCAACAGCCACGGUGGCUGCCGGUCACCACCCAGUUAAAAAGCGUAACACACAGCAAGUAACAAAGUGCUAUAAAUGUAAUGGUUCCGGCUUUAUAUUUGUUGGUGGCGGGAAUUCACAGUCGAAGUCACCGGCAAAUAAUGUUAAAUCAGAAAAUCCAAAACCAUUUACGUGCAAUAUUUGUGGAGGCACUUUCUCACGUUAUUCCAGUUUAUGGUCGCAUAAAAAACUCCACAGUGGCGAGAAGAAUUAUAAGUGCUCUAUAUGUGGUUUAGCCUUUGCCAAGGCAGUUUAUUUGAAAAAUCAUGCCAGAAUACAUACUGGCGAAAAACCCUACAAAUGCCAAACCUGCGGUAUGCAGUUUUCGCAAUCGCCGCAUCUAAAAAAUCACGAACGUACUCACAGUGGAGAACGACCGUACGUUUGUGAGGUGUGCGAUAAAGGCUUUGCUCGUCAUGCUACAUUAUGGAAUCAUCGUCGAAUUCAUACUGGUGAAAAACCCUACAAAUGCGAUAUAUGUGGCUCUGCGUUUUCGCAAGCAGCACAUUUAAAGAAUCACGCUAAAGUACAUUCAGGCGAAAAACCAUUUAAAUGUGAUAUUUGCUCAGCUGCCUUUGCAGAUCGUUUUGCAUUGAAACGACAUAGAGGAAUUCAUCAGAAAUAUGGCCAAACAGCGCCACGUCAGCCCGCACAGCUACCUCAGCAACCUGCAGCCACAACAAUUACCACCGAAGAUGGGCGCGUUAUAAUUCAUAAACAGGAAAUAUUGGAAAUAGACGAAGAUGGGCAGCAUGAAGUUGUCAUAUCAGGUUUAUAGACAAAA